AGAUAGUCUUACUAACCAUGGCUGAUCGGUCAUGACCGGCGAUGUUCGUCGCGACUCAUUCUAAAACCUGAUUAAAAUUUUCUUUUCCUUCAAUUUAUCUUGAUUAUAGUCUGUGGUCAUAAUGAAUCGAAGAAACGACUUCAAUUUGGUGAUAUAAUGUUCUACGCAUCUGUGUUAGCACUGGGACUGCAUAUCAAAAGAAGAAAGCUUUUAAAGGAAAAGAGAAAAUCUAAUUCUGUUAUUGAUGACUCUCGGAAGUUCCCUCAUAGUCACUAUCAGGGAGAUUGCCAUGUUGACUCACGUCUCGUUAGCAACACCGCAAACGACAGGGAGAAUACGAAGUCUUCAGAAAAGUACUUUGCUGAAGAAAGAACAAGCAAUAGAAAGAACUCAACCUUAAGACAGCUGACAAGCACUAAAGAUGAAAAGUUUGGAUAUCUCAGAUCAAGAAAAAAUAGUAUUAGACCUAUUCACAAGCUGUACAAUGCAAGACUUGAGAUCCUAGAAGCUGAGAAACAAGUAUUACUGGAAAUUAAUAAGACCCUGGAACAAGAGAACGAAACUCUCAGAAGAUUAGCUGUUAUGAAUUCAACACAAGAAAGGAUCGCGCUUGGCCUGAAGGAGAAAAAAACAUUUGCCCAAGAAAAUAUUUUGCCUGUUGUGGAACUACGUCCUCGUUUGUCGCAAGGAAAACUUCCAAGUCUCGCUACAUUGACUCGAAUCAACUUGCGGUUCAACAGAGAGCAAUUUGGUGGUCUUCAUCGAGCUGUUUUAAGCGGCAAGACAGAAGAUGUCGAGUUUUUACUUUCGGCAGGAAAAGAUAUCAACGCGCAUGACGAGUAUGGCAAGACUCCACUGCAUUGUGCAGUUGGCGUUCAAAAACUGGAUAUCGUACAAUGUCUGCUACGAUACAAACCAGACAUUGAUGCACACGAUGAUAGAGAAGACACACCACUACAUACAGGGAUUAGGACUGGUAACAUUGCUAUAGUUAAGGCUAUACUAAUAGAUGGACACGCAGAUCCCAAUUCACCAGGACAUGCUGGAUGCACGCCUCUACACGUGGCUGCACAACUGGAGAAUGUCAAUAACAGUGCUAUCUGUAAACUACUGCUGGAAAAUGGAGCUAAGUUGCUGAUUCGUGAUCAUAAGAAAAUGACACCUUUGGCCCAGGCAACACUACAUGGGUUUUAUGACGUCAUGGUGUGUAUGUUCUCUUAUGCAAAGGUUCAAGGCAUACCCAAAGAUGACUUGCUUCACAACGUGGAUGGAGAAGGAAGCACUCUUCUUCAUUUAGCUGUAGAAAGUGGAUCACCACAAGUGGUUGAACUCUGUCUCGACGAGGGCGCCUCUCCUCACUCUGUCAAGUCGUCAGACGGAAGUACUCCAGUGCACUUGGCCUGUUCAUAUGGAUACAUGGAUAUCCUGGAUAACCUGAUGAAAGCAGUAGCCUUUAUUCUUGAUCCUCCUCCUGAUCAAGAUGGCAGGCUUCCUAUUCACAAGGCUGCUCAAGCGAAUCAUCACCUAGUCAUAUCAUAUUUACUAAAGCAGGACAUGGAUCAAAUAGACGCAACAGAUCACGAGGGACGAACACCAAUCAUGUUGGCUGCUGACAAUUGCUGCUAUGAAUCCGUACAAGUUCUCCUGGAGAACGGAGCAAAUGUAGAUGUUAGAGACGCGUUAAAUAAAACAGUGCUUCAUUAUGCUAUUGGGAGUGCAGAAGUCUUGAAAGAGAUUCUAAAGGAUGUCAAAUCAAAUUCACUUAUUCGAGCCAAAGAUAAUGAGGGCAACACUCCUUUACACUAUGCCUCCAGGCUGGGCUGUGUUAAGGACAUCGCCAUCAUGUUAAUGAAGAACAAGGCAUCAGUUGCCAUUACGAACAGCGCGGGAGAAAUUCCUCUGCACAUCGCUGCAAGACAUGGAAGACUUGCUGUGGUAAAAAAGCUUACAGAAGGACGAAACAAGCGAACGAUAAACUCAAAUGACGCUAGUGAGAGAACACCUUUACAUCUAGCAGCACAAGAGGGUCAUGAAGACCUCGUUGAAUUCUUCCUGAAGAAAACUGCAAAGAUAGAAAGGGAUGCUAACGGUCAGACGCCAUUACACUAUGCAGCCUUGAAGGGCUCUAAGACAGCUAUUGAACUGUUCCUUGAGUCUAAACCAGAGUGUCUGAAUUACACAGACGAAGACAGGAACACAGCUCUUCAUAUGGCUGCGUUAGGUGGCCAUUCACAUAUCGUACAAUACCUUCUCACCAAACCUGAUCAGGUCGUAUCAGUCAACGAACGAAAUCAGAAUAUUCUAGACAUUGCUAUCGAGGGCAGGCAUGAGAUGGUUGCCAUGGUGCUAGCAGAACACAAAAGAUGGCGCGAGGUGUUACGCAGUACGCUACAUGGAACACACACACAGAUACAGCUUCUAAUUAGACACAUGCCUGAUGUAGCCAAGAAGUUCCUUGAUCGAUGUGUAGAAAGAACUGGUGACCCUGAUAGCGAAGAUUAUAAGGUUACGUACGACCUCCGGUUUAUCCAAGGUAUGCCAGACGAGAAAAAGAACACAAAAAAUAUACGAGAAUCACUGAGUGCCCUGCAUACCAUGGUCAAGUACAAGACCCUGCCCUGUCUGACUCAUCCAUUGUGCUCAGUACUGAUGGAUAUCAAAUGGAGAAAGUUUGGUCUUGUGUGCGCGUUUCUCAAUCAAGCAGUUUUCCUAAUCUACAUCGUGCUUAUUAUCAUCAUGAUGAACUAUCUUGUUAAGAACACGAGUCCUAGCGAUGAUGACAAGACCAACACGACACGAACCUUGAUCACUAAACUAAAGGAGCCACUGAUCGUGCUGGCAUUUCGUGAAGAUAAACUGAUGGCCACAGUGGCUGUCAUCCUUAUGAUCGCUUGUAUCUACAAUUUGUCCAAGGAAUGUUUUCAGAUGUUUGAUGAGGGCUGGAAAUACUUUUUUAGCCUGAACAACUGGUUAGAAGUCACUUUGUACGUGCUGACGUUUUUUACUUUGAUAAAACCUGGAUUGGCAGAAAUGGCUGUYUGUGUGUUUCUUGCCUGGAUAGUGUUACUGCAUUAUAUUAGCAAGUGA